AUGUGUUUGGUCCUGGAGGACGCAACCAGAAACGGCAUUUAUUUCCUUUGUCAUGCUCGAAUCGCUGGUUGCGAGACGGGGUGGCGAAUUACCGCAAGUGCUUACCACACCCAAGAAACGGGUCACGAGUUUAACUUCUCAACCACGAAGCUAAUCGCCCACGCCAGAUGCAAGCAAAGCAGUGAGCUAAUGGAAGUCUGUGCCUGUGAUGAGGACUCAGCCCAUCGACAUAUCGAUCUGGCACCGGCAUACGCAGCCCUGCGCAAUCAAUUUCAGACAAGUUAA